AGAAACCUGUGCCUGUGAGCAGAAGGAAGUAAGGAAGCACUGUUUCACCACCACCACCAUCAUCACUCCACGCUCACUCAAGGACGCGCUCCCUUUCGACGCGCUACACACUUUGUUGGAGAGAGAGAGAGAGAGAGAGAGAGAGGGAGUGAGUAAGAGGAGGAGUAGGAGGAGUGGAGUAAGAAAGAUCCAGGUAUUAACUGGAUGUAUGGGGGAAAGCGCAGUCGCUGCUGGCGGAUGGCACAACAAAAGGACAAGAGAAGAUGUGGUGUGCUGAUGGCUCUCUGUCCUCCUCCUUCGCCCUAUAGGAAGUGGGCUUUUAUUCCAAACGGAGACGCAGGUGUAACCUCUUUAUCCCCACUGCUCCCUCCCAACAGCACCUUUCUCAGUUGUCCAUGCGCCGACCGCGCCUCCGCUUCCAAGUCAACACUGGGUGGGUUUUACGAGCUGGAGUAAGAAGAAGAAGAAAGAGAGCAAGAGGAAGAAGAAGAUCAUGUUAAAUGAAAUGUUUGUGCGCCGCUUCCUUCCGCCGCUGUGAAUGUGAUGAAGAUAAUGAUGAAGCGGCGUCUGCAGCUUGCACUGAUGACUUGAACCGGGGGCAGCACAGGAGGGUUGCACACUACAUCACUUAUUCCAUAUAGAGAAGAUUUAUUGAUAACCAUGGCUGACCAGUACAGUAUGUUUCUCACCACGGCGCCUCCCCUCCGGCGAGGAAGCACACCUCUGCCUGUCAAACACCAGCUGCGGAGGGAAGAGGCCGUAUCUGACGACUGCGAUUGGAUCCCGGGCUUGGAGGAGCCUGCUAUGUUGCCUAUCAGUGACACAGCUGUGGCUCGGGAUGAGUCUUUCGGCCAGUUGGCUGCCACCCAGCCGGCGUACCAAAGCCGUGGCGGUGCAUUGAGAAUAGUACUUUUGGGACAGAACGGUGUUGGCAAGUCAUCGCUGGCGUUGUCUUUGGCCGGGCAGUCGGACAGAUCCCUCUCUGUAGACUCUGAGACGCUAGCAGGUGGUUAUAGCACAGACGGUGAGGGCUACGAGUGCACGGUGACAGUCGACGACGAGGACAGCAAAGUCGUCGUUUUCGACAACUGGAAACAGGACUUGUCCACUUUGCAGUGCGAUGUGUGUAUCCUGGUCUUCUCGGUGACUGACAGGCGGAGUUUCCACCGCACCGCCCAGCUCCGCCUCCUCCUCAGGGAGUCCCAGCCACAAACACCAAUCAUCCUGGUGGGCAACAAGAGUGACCUAGUUCGCUCCCGUGAAAUCAGCUCAGAGGAGGCCCAGUCCAGCGCGAUGAUGUUCGACGGUAUCUACCUGGAGCUCUCAGCCUCCCUGGAGCACGGCACCAACGAGCUACUGGAGGCGGCCGUUCGCUCUGCGAGGGGUGACUGUGUCGGCCCCGGCUGGACCGACGGGGACCCCGGGUCGGCCCGCAGGGAGAGCCUGACCAGCCGGGCCAAGCGCUUCCUGGCAGGGCUGGUGCCGCGCUCGUACUGCCGAGACAGGGACCGAGGACGCUACCGGGAGAUGAGCCGGCACAGAGGCAGCAAGAUCCUACGUCAGAAGUCUCGCUCUUGCCAUGACCUCAGUUCAAUGUGACACGCCUACUUCUUACACACACACACACACACACCAGAUUGAAAGGUAUAGGGUAGGGAGCAAAGAUGAAAGAGGGGAUGAGGGUAACAUUGAGGAUAGAAGGGAAGAGCAAAAAUGGAGGCUACAUAAGGCUACAUCCACACAACUUGGGACGACACCCGCUGUCAAUCACACUGGAGUUCACUCAUCAUUCGCUGUGUUUCAUCAUCUAUGUUCCUCGAAAAUUGGAACGUAAAUGUGUUUUUCAUGUGCUAUUGAAGACGUGAGAAUUAGGCACAUUUUCCCACAGACGAGCGGAGUCACCAAUAUAAUCAAUAUCAUUUUUCUUCCAGGUGGGAUUCCUCCAGCAAAACGGGAGACUAGGCCCACUUCCACAUCCACAGUCUGUAUGACAAAAACAUGUGAUUUAGCACCAGACAUGCCUGAUAUCCACACUAUCCUGGCAUUCUGGAGCCCAGAUAACCAAAGUUUCACAAUGUAAGCACAGAUUUCAUGAAUGAACGUGAACCUGUAAACGUUUAUUCUUCUCCAUGAUGAACGAUGGCCCCUCUUUUUUUGAAGGGUUGAGUAUUGAUUGAAAAAAAUGUCAAUAUCAAUAUUUGGACUUUGAUACCAAUUCCUGAAAAAAAAAAAGCUUUUUUUGUGGUACAAAUUUUUAUUAAAUGUAUUUUAACAAAAAAAAGUACUCUACACAUUCUCUAGUUUAGCAUUUUGGUCUGGACGGACAGAAACAGAGACCUUUGGAGACGAUGAUGAUAACAGACUCAGACUGAAGGUCUCGGAAUCAGGUUCUGAACAAAAAAGCUCGGGUCAAAACUUCACCUUGAGGUCUCGUAACAGAAAUCCUCCCUCAUUAUAGAAGCAGUUGUAUGGAUGUAGCCUAACAUGAAUCAGUGAAAGCCAUUUUGCAGAAACAAAGUCUCCUGGAUUGAGGGUGGGGUGAAUCGGCGGGUGGAGUGAGAGGGAGGAGUCCACAAAUAAACACACACCCAAGUAGCACGCACUGAGUUCGUAUAGACGGAUAGCAAUCUGAUGUAAACGUAUCGUAGAGCCUGUUUUUCUAGCAUGUCACGUAGAGAGAUUGAAGUGAUCAUCCUGUAGGUUUUAUAAUAACAUGAUACUGGAUUUACUGUACCUCAGUGGCCAAUAGCUAAUGCACAAUCUAGCUAGUGUCUCUAGCAUUGCCAUCAAAAGCAAGUCCCUUUAUGUCUGGAAACGCUCCCCCUCUCUCUGCACAUACCAUCCUCACACUGCAUCCACUUUUUGUUUUCCCCGUACUGACUUGAAGAUGUGUUUGAUACACCAGGAAUUUCUCCUUUUUUUUUUACAUCAGCGUAAAAAGCCAUAUUUUGGCUGAAAGGUCGGCGCAAAGAACCCUUUACUGCAGGAUGUGGAGCGACAGGAAGUAAACGAAUAAUGACCGGACUGGACUAUUUCUGAAACACCCGCAGGACAAACGAGAGAAAAAAAGGAGAAGAAGGUGUUUUCAUUUUCUUUCUACCUGCCGACCUUAUUAUGUGUGUUGAGACUGACUUGUGUGGGAAUGUUCUGGAAACAUCUCAUUUCAUCCAGCAUGGCGUCGACACGUUCGUCACUGUCUACGAUGCACUGACAAUAAAUGCGUUUUUGUUUGA